AGUUUUUUCAUUUCACGUAAUCAUGAGUGUAUUUAAGUAGCUGAAUUGAUUUUUAUCAAAAUGUAAAUGUUGUCGUUUCCAAAAUUUUCACAGGUUAGAUUUCAGUGUCAAGCAAUUAUGAAGUAUACUCGCGAAAAAAGCCCUAAAACAAAAAAUAAUCUGCUAAAAUCAACAGUUUUCGAAUCUAGUUGUGUCAUAUAUUAAUCUCAAAUAAUUUGUAUAUAUAUACAGACAAGUAUCACCUGUUGAAAUAUUCAAUUUUAUCUGUGAUAGUUUUUAUUUUAUAUUAUUUAGGACGAAUCAGAAUGGAAGAGAAAGAUAAAAAAAAAUUUGGUUCAGUUGCUGGAAAUCCUUCUGAAUGUUCUGCAAAAUCUUCUAGACAAAAGUUGAAAAACCUAAUAGCAGAACGAAGGAGGCAGAGACUGGAUCAAACUAUGAUUCAACCCGAAUUAAUGGACCCUUAUGAGGCUGUGAACAGGUACAAAGUUGCUCAGUUCAAACCAACUGGAUAUAUUGAAGAAGGAAAUUCAGUACAUUAUUGUAUCUGGGAUCCAAAUUAUCCCGAAAAUCCUGAAAGGGUAGCUUGCUCAAAAAGGAGAUUAGAAGACCUUGAUUUAAUAAAAAGAUGUAAAAAAGUUUCACCUCAAAAAUUUCCAGAAGAUGUGUAUCUUAAAUUACACAAUAAAGAAUUAUAUGAGAAGCUUAAAGAUAUUAAAAAUAUUUCAGAAGACAAACUACAAGAAUUAGCUUCAAAAUACGAUUCCGUUUUUUUUACACAUGCAACAUUUACCUCUUCAAUUAUUGCUGCCGAAGCAGCAAUAACAUUGACCCUAGAAGUAGCAAGAGGAAAUUUGAAAAAUGGAUUCGCCCUAAUUCGUCCACCUGGACAUCAUGCUAUGGCGGAUGCGUUUUGUGGAUACUGCUUCCUCAAUAAUGUCGCUCUUGCCGCUCAGGUAGCUAUAGACAAGGGAUUAGCUAAAAAAGUUCUUAUUAUUGACCAUGAUGUUCACCAUGGCCAAGGCACACAAAGAAUGUUUUAUGAUAGAGAUGAUGUCCUUUAUUUCUCUAUUCAUCGGUAUGAAUAUGGAACUUUUUGGCCAAAUCUAAGAGAAAGUGACUCAGAUUAUAUAGGAGAUGGAAAAGGAAAAGGGUAUAAUAUUAACAUUCCAUUAAAUGUAACUGGACUAGGAGAUGCUGAUUAUUUGACAAUAGUAUUUAACAUUUUGCUUCCAGUAGCAUAUGAAUUUAAACCUGACCUAAUAAUUCUAUCAGCAGGAUAUGAUUCUACUUUAGGAUGUCCAGAGGGGGAAAUGUUAGUAUCUCCUCACUUUUACGGUCAGCUGAUAACACUGUUAUCAGGUCUAGCUGACGGCAAACUAGCUGUAUGCCUAGAAGGGGGAUAUUUUCUUGAAUCUCUUGCAGAAGGAGUAGCAUGUACUAUAAAAGCACUUCUUGGCGAUACAUGCUAUCCGAUUUCUUCUGAAUUUGAAGUACAUCCUACACUUAUCGACGUCAUUAAUAAUACAAAAUACUUUUUAAGAGAUUAUUGGGAAUGUUUCAAAAAUGAUCCGCUGUUUUCUUUCCCGAAAACUCUAGAUCUGGAGAAUUGCCUUGAAAUUUCUAGAGAUACAGAACAUUUGACUUGCAUUUCUUAUAAACACGAUUCACAAGUCCCUACGAUUUUUGAAACGUACGGCUUUUAUCCGCAAAGAACGGAGGAAGAACACAAAACAUUUCUGAAAAUGAUAUUAGAUCUUAGAAAGGAAUAUUCACAAGGACGCAAAAGUGUCAAUGUUGUUGGUUACGCUUAUGAUGAAUUAUUACUUAGACAUAAAGGUAACGAAAAAUUCGGUAAAUUUCCAGAAAGACCAGAAAGAAUUGUAGAGAUAUUGAGGAGUUUAGACAAUUUUGGAAUAUUGAAACGUUGUCAAAAAAUACAGCUUUCUGAAUUUAAUGAAAGAAAAUGGAUAGAAAAGAUCCACAAAAAAGAAUACAUAAUUGAUGUUCUUGAACAGCGAAAUCUUAUCGAAAAAGCUGACUGGUUUUUCAAUGCAGAAACAACAGACUGUAUAUUGAAAUGCAUCUCAUGUGUAAUUUCAUUGGCCGAAAAUAUACAUCAAGGAUCUAUUCGAUCUGGUGUUGCUGUUGUUAGACCACCUGGGCAUCACGCAUGUUUUGAUGAAGCCAAUGGAUUUUGCUUUGUUAAUAAUGUAGUUAUUGCAGCUCAAUAUUUAAUCGAAGAGAGAAAGUACAAAAGAGUGCUUAUAGUAGAUUUUGAUAUUCAUCAUGGUAAUGGGACUCAAAACCUUACUUAUAGUCGAGAUGAUAUUAUGUACAUUUCCCUUCACCGCUUCGAUAAAGGAAAAUAUUUUCCAUUUUUAGAUGAAGCUGAUUAUAAUUAUGUUGGUAGCAGUACAGGUUUAGGAUACAAUAUUAACAUACCCUUUAACAAGGGUAAUAAGACUGAUCAUGAUUAUUGGACUGUUUGGCUCAAACUAGUUCUUCCAUUAGCAUACUCCUACAAUCCAGAAUUUGUAAUUAUAUCUGCUGGAUUUGAUGCGGGAUAUUUUGAUCCACUAGGAAAUGGUUAUAAAUUAACACCUGAAAUUUAUUCACAUUUUAUUCAAACACUUAAGCCACUUGCAUCAGGAAAAAUCCUUUUAGCGUUAGAAGGUGGUUAUCACCUUGAAAGUACUGCUCUUUCAUUGACUUUGUGUAUGAAAGCACUUUUAGGUGACCCUUUACCAGUUCCUAAAUUUUCCGAUAAAGUUGACCAGGACACAUGUGAGACCAUUCAGAAAGUAUUAUCAGUACAUCGCGACAAAUGGAAAAUCUUGAAGGUGAAUAAGAAAAUAGCAAAUUUCUCCUGUACCGAAAAAGAAAAAACAGACCUUGACAGCUCUUGCAAAAAGGAAAUUGAGAACGGAGGAAGCGUGGAGAACUUGAAACAAAAAUUUAAAAGGAACAUUAUAUAUAAUGACGUUUAAUGCAAAAAUUCUAUUAAUAUUCCAAUUAAAAUUCUGAAAUUAUAUAUAUGUUACAGUAGAUGUACCCUCUUGGGAAAUGUACACUUUUCCCAGUAAGUUAGGUAUAUGUGAACGGAAUAUAAUGUAUAUGUACAUUUCCCGGCAAAUGUCUCUCUUGCCAUCACGUUUUGGUAAAUGUGUACUCUUGCCUUCACGUUUUGAUAAAUGUAUACUCUUACCAGCAUGUUUUAAGAAAAGUUGGAAUACAAAUAAUUUAAAAAUCUUGCUGCAGUAAAAAAAAAUUUAUUUAAAUAAACAUAAUACAAAAGGCUUCAUUAACGAAAAUUAUUUCAAUUAAAAAAUGUAAAUGACAAACAAAACAUACUUUUCUUCGCAUGUUAUAUAAUAUGUCGUAAGUUAUGAUCCUAAUAUUCCUAAAUACAAUUUUCGUCCUAGUUUUCAGGACUAAUACGAUGGUAAUCAAACAAAUAAUAAUAAUAACAUACUUUUCUUUAUUAUAACAGUUAAAUUUUUUUAAAACUAUAAAGGAACAUAUAGAAAUUCUAUAAUGAAAAGAGCAAGAAUUGGUAUUGUGGCACUUGGAAUUACAUAAUAUUCUAGCAUUUUUACAACUGCAUUUUUUUGAGGAACAUGAUCUUUCUUUCUUGAGGAACAUCUUCGUAUGAUAUAAACUUUUGUUCCCAAAUGGCGAAUUCAUGCCUAGAAUAAGAUUGUUUUAGAACUCCCUGUUUAUUUCCUAAUUUUAUAUAAAUUUUUUAUAAUUAAUAAUACAAAUCAAAUUUUUUGUAUCCAUUUUACCACGAUCAACGUCGCAAAAUGCUAUUAUGCUACCUCUUUCUUUAAAUCGACUUAUUAAUUUUUCUUCCUUCCCUACUACUAUUAUAUCGUAUCUUUUCAGCCGGCAGAAAUCUACAUCAAUUUUAUUCUUUUCUUUUAACUUUGCUGCCUUUACUUCCAAUAAUAUUUUUGUCAUACUGAUGCUGGUUUAAAUAAAUAUUUUUGUUUUUCUGUGAUACAAUCUGUUCUAGUUGUUCCAUUGUUUUUCAAAAAUUCUAACUAAAAAAAAAUUCUUUUUGUAGAAAAAUUAAAAUUUUAAAUCCAUAAUUAUGAUAAUUUUAACUAUCCUCAGUUUUAUUUCUCUAAAUAUCUUAAAUUAUAUCCAGAAAUCUUCAGUUCUGUGGCAUUAAUUUGUAAUGUAGGGUACAUAAACAUAAUAAAAUUAACAUCAUAGAUAGAGCACUUGCACGAAAUGGGUAACGUGAAAUAGCAGCGCCUGCCUAACUAGCCAAAACGGUUGUUCGCGUAUCACGCGUAUCGCGCACCACAUUACUAGCACAUAUGAUUUCGAAUUUUGUAUGCUCAAUUACAAAAACGACAUGAUCAUUCAAUUCAAGUACAUUUGAAAUUGUAAAUGUUAGUUGAAUGCACAUUACCCAAACGAGGAGGCAAAUGUGCACUUUUAUGAAAAAUGAUAGUCAAAAUUUCAAUUAUUUAUAGGUACAUUGGAAGUCUUAAAAUAGAAAUAUUAAUUUUGUCUUUUUUUAUCAUUGAGCAGAAUUAUUUUUUUGAUUCUAUUUUUUAUUUUAAUAAAAUGUACUUUUUUAUCUAUUUCAUGGUUUGUUGAUGAUGUCUUAUUUUUUUAACAUAUUGAAUAUUGAUAAAUUGUAUUUUUCCUAUAUGUAUAAAUAGCUUGACAGUUACAAGGAACCUCAUAAAUAAUCCUUUAUUUCCUGCGUUUUAGAUUUAAUACUAGUAGAAUAUUUUGAUAAUGUAUCUAAUUUCAUAUUUAUUAAAAUAAAUUUUAACUGUUGAGAAAAUUGUUAUAAGUGAUAAAGUUUAGUGGUAGAGAUUUUGAUGUUUAAAAUUUGUUGUGGUUUUUAUUGGCUAUAUUUAUUUAUCCUUUUUUUUUAGUGUAUUAAAAUUUAAAUUUCAAUAAUAAAGAACUGAUAAUAUUGGUAAUAA